AUGGCCUCCAAACCCAAAUUCGCCAUUCUCGACGACUACCAAAACAUUGCCCGCACUCACUUCGCCCACCUCGAAGACCGCGUCGAGAUCACCAGCUUCCCCGAAACCCUCGACCCCCGCGAUCCCACCCAGCAAGAUGCCCUCAUCCAACGCCUCCUCCCUUUCGACGCGAUCCUCGCCAUGCGCGAGCGCACGCCCUUCGCCGCAUCGACCAUCACCGCUCUCCCGAAUCUGAAACUCCUCUUGACCACGGGCACGCGCAAUCUCUCGCUCGACAUCGACGCGUUCACCCAACAUGGAGUCGCGGUCGCAGGCACAGAGGGCCGACCGCCCGGUGUCAACUCCACGGUGCAGCAUACAUGGGCGUUGAUCCUCGGAUUGGCGCGGCAUGUCGCUCGGGACGAUGCCGCGGUCAAAGCUGGUGGGUGGCAGGGAUCGCUUGGGAUGACUCUUUCGGGAAAGAAAUUGGGAUUGCUGGGACUGGGGAAAUUGGGGUCGCAGGUGGGCAAGAUUGCGGUACAAGCAUUUGGCAUGCAAGUCCUCGCGUGGUCGACCAAUUUGACUCAGGAAAAAGCCGAUGAGCAGGCUCGGGCGCAAGAUUUGCCCGUGGGCAGCUUUGUGGCAGCCUCAUCCAAGGAGGAAUUCUUCCGACAGGCGGAUAUUGUCUCCGUGCAUAGUGUUUUGUCCGAUCGCAGUCGGGGGAUUGUCGGGGCCGCGGAUCUGGCUCAGAUGAAACCCCAGGCAUUGAUCAUCAAUACCUCGCGGGGUCCGUUGGUUGACGAGGCAGCCUUGUUGGAUACAUUACGGGCUGGUCGGAUUCGAGGAGCCGCGCUGGACGUGUUUGAUCCGGAGCCAUUGCCGUUGGAUAGUCCAUGGCGCACCACGGCGUGGGGUCGGGAGGGGCGGAGUGAGGUGUUGUUAACCCCGCAUAUGGGAUAUGGUGAAGAAGACUUGUUGAAUGGAUGGUAUCGGGAAGUGGCGGAGAAUCUGGAGCGAUGGUUGAAUGGGGACGAGUUGUGGCGGAAGAUGAAUUAA